AAGAUGAGUCUCCCGGACCUGAAGUCACCUGGAAAACAGUCUGCACCUGCACACACACCGUCCCCGGUGGUGCAGCUGAACGUGGGGGGGCACGUGUUCAGCACCUCUCUGCACACGCUGAGGAAACACCCCAGCUCCACGCUGGCCGAGCUGUUCAGCGGACACGCCAAGCUACGCACGGACGCCCAGGGGCGGUUCUUCAUCGACCGGGACGGCUCGCACUUCGGAGCCGUGCUGGAGUUCAUGAGGUCGGAGCGGCUGCCCACCCAGCACGUCCUGGAGGUUCACAGGGAGGCAGUGCACUACAACAUCAAAGCACUCGUCAAACUGCUGGAGGAAACUCCUGUGAUGUUCGGGGAGCAGGUGGGACGACAGCAGUUCCUCUCCAGAGUCCCUCACUACAGAGAAAACAUCGAGGUGCUGAUACGAAUCGCCAGAGCCGAGGCCAUCGCCGCACGCCACUCCGCCAUCUUGAUCUGCGUGCUGAGGACGGAGGAGGACCUGGCUCUCUCUGAAGACGCCAUCAACAGCUUGGAGGCGGCCAAGGAGUCGGUGGUGACCUUCGGGCCUUGGACCCAGACGCUCUCCGUUGAAGACCUGCUGGACUGUGUCAAGAUGGACAUCGAGAGCCAGGGCUACAAGGUGAGCAUCAAGCCUCACCUGGUGGAGAAGAGCUUCCUGUCCAAGAGAUACGACUACUUCCACAAGCUCGUCUUCACCUGGUGGUGAGGAGG